AUGAAGCCCUCCACUCUCCUCCCCGUCCUUCUCUCCCUGGUUGCAUCAAGCACGGCGCAAGACCCGUCGGUCUCGGCCUCCAAAGCGAGCAUCAACUGGUCUGCUUUGCGAGCGACUCUACAUCCCCAUCCCCACCAAAGCCGCCAACCUCGAAAACAUCUCCCCCCGCCCCGCACCCUCAUCCCAGAGCUCGUCCACGCCAUCCCGGCCUCUGCCCUCGUGCAGCUCAUGGUCCCCGCCCAGCGCAGUUCCCUCGUCUCGGACUUCAAAGCCGGCUCGACGCCAGCGUGGUACGCGUCUCUCCCGUCGGACGUCAAGAGCUACGUUUCUGUCGUGAGGAGCCAGAUUAAGGAGGGCGCGCUUACGAAGACGAGUGAUGUGCAGGCGCAGAAGACGGGCGAUGCGAGUCCGUCUUCUGGGGAGGCUAAGGCGAAGGAGAGUGAGGGAGGGGCUAUGCCGGCGCAGGCUACGGGGGGAGUGUGGGCUGUUGGGGCUGCCGGGGCGGCGGGGUUGAUGGGGGUUGUUUUGAUGAUUUAG